GGUAGUACGAGGUAGUACUACCAUUGCUGUACCUACCGGUUGCGUGAAGAGCACAACACGUUCUCGUAAUCAGGCUUGAUGGAAGAUCAAAACCGAGAAAGUUGACGCUCAUUUCUACCAAAUCCGAUUCAGGGAUUGUUUAAAGUUGUGUUAAGAUACAUCGAUCGAGCAACCAAACAAUCUAAAUGGCACAAGUCGGAUCUGCUGCUACGGGCUCUCCAGCACCGAGUGUUCCUCUUCCAAAGGCCACUGUUCCCACUAUAAAGCGGUGGCGAUGCGAUGUUUGCAAAGUCCAGUUUUUUACCGAUUUCAACGAGGCCGUGGCCCAUGAAGAGGUCUGCCAGGCGGCCCUGGAUCGCGAACGAAACGCCCAACGGCAGGCGCAGAUACAUCCUCAAACAACGGCGAACGGCGCCGUCUCGAAAGGCCAAAAUCCAGCCUUCGCUGCGCUGAUCACACAGGACACUCUUGACCCGAUGGAGCAAACAGGCGAUUCGAAUCAUUUCGAACCGACUGCCACAACUGCGAUAGCUGCUACUUCAACCAAAGCCGCGAAAGAUCGUGAUUGUAGCMACUGCGAAGGAAGAAACAAACCGCAGCUUGAAUCRGAUGCGCAAACUCCUAGAAAGCCCCCAUCUCCAGUCAUUACGCCCACAAAAGCUCCCGCGACGAAACCCGACCCGGAACGGUCUUCGGAACCCAAAGCUCUUUCGCUUCGGACGACGAAGAAACGGAAGCACCUGGAAGGAGAUCCUUYCAGCAGCAAAAGCGUCGUCACCAAAAAAUGUGCACCGGACACAACAAUUGCCACGGUGCAGGCUAUCAAGGAGAGCCUUUCCAAAACAUUGACUCGGUGGAAGAAAACGAGUGGAAUGCUUUCUGAAACGGAAAUAGCGCCGGUCCAGAACAUGCUUCAGCGUCUGGAUUCCCUGGACGUCACAUUAGAAGUUUUGCAAACCACCCUUAUCGGGAAGGUUGUGGUCAAGCUAAAAAAAUCGAACACCAAACAAAGACACCUCGAGCUGAAAGCCAACGCUCUCCUAGAGAAAUGGAAGUCGAUUGCCAGUGCGGGAUCGAACGGGCAAAAAAUUUCGCCUUCGUCGCUGCCAUCAAAGCGGCAGGCAUCCAAGAAAAAGCAGACUCAAUCGCAGCAACCCCAGCAUUCCUUUUUCAAUCCGCGCUCUGUGGCUAAGCCAUCCUCGGCGACAGCGGCCACAAACAAAUCGAAAGCCCCCAAAACAACCGCAUCUUCUGCCGUAACCAACCCUUUUUUCGCGCCGAGAAGGAAAAUCCCUUCGCCCGCCGAUGCUGUGUUAGCGGAAAGCAAGAGUCUCAAGCGAAAACUUCCAAAGGCUGUAGUAGAUGUAGAUCUMGCUGUGACUUGCGGGGGCAACGAGAAGGAUAAGAGUCGCAACUCUGCAACUACCCGAAAACGAACUGCUGCCACCUCCACCGAGGAAGCCGAAAACCUCUCUCCCUCCACCACGAAGGCGAUUGCUUCCAUUUUUCAAGUCAAAGGCAGCACAUUAUCCUCGAAGCAGAUUCUGGCCGAGCAACGACGGGCCGAACUGGCUGCGAGACGGGAAAACGAGCGGAAAAAGGAGCAGGAACGGCAGGCGAAACGGGCGGCSUUGUUUAGAACCAACACCCAAGCCAACACCAAACAUAGCCACACCAAUGACACAGGGACGACGAACCGCCCCCUCAGCGUUUGCGACGAUCCCGAACCGAGUAGUCGCGGCACCACGAGGAAGAAACAACAGCACGUCGGAAACAAGCCCUUGCCACCGGCGGCUCCACGGUUUCCCGUGCCCAACCAUGUUUUGGGCAGACCAGGAAAUCGAGGGCCUGGUUCAUCAUCCAAACCAUCAGUGACGAUGCUUCCRCCAGACCAUCCGUUCCGAACGCGUGCUGCCUGCGAUGUCAUUGCCAAUACUGUUAUCGAAGAAGCUCAACCAAAACCAUCUGUGUGGCUUUCGUCUCCUUCGGCYUUGGAUACAUCCGACGUUGUCCCAGCGACAAGGUUUACCAGGMUUCAGCACGCCCUGAURGAAACCUUUUCCGUUGCUCCCUCCACUGUCAAUAUGAAGCCUGGAGCGCUUUCGCUGCUUCCCUGGARCGAGACGUACGGGAUGGAAAAGGAUGGCUUGGUGGGUGCCAGCUCCCRGGAAAUAUUUCGGCAGCUCGUUGAAUACAUCGACCAUUGGCGGGUGGCUCGCAAUGAUUCACUGGAACGAGCAGCCGAGCGACAUAGAAAACUCGCCAGGGGAAAGAAAAGAAGCUCGCGAAAGUCAUCUGCGAAACGAAAACACAAACAAACGAAAAAGCGCAGGCACUGCCGCGACGAAGAUGACUGGCUGGUCGACGACGACUGCGACRACGACGAGUGUUACUACAACUUCGACACCGAGGAUUACGCCAUGGCUCCGUUGUGUUUGCUGACGGGUCCCUCGGCCAGUGGCAAGACGGCUAUGGUCCACACCGUUGCCAGGCACUGCGGGAACUGCAAGGUGCUUGAAAUCAACACAGCCCGGGCACGAAGUGGUGCUGCCCUAAAGCACGCCAUCGAGGAGGCCACCCAGUCCAACUCUUCUCUGGACAUGCUAAAGAGCAAGAACAAGACUAUUAAUGACUCGGGGGGAGCCAAUUUCUUUUUUGCAUCCAAAACGAGCGGUGGCAGCCACAAGAAGGCCCGGAACAAGAUCAUUGAUUCCGAUGGCGACUCGGGCGACGAAACAGAGCCCCCCCCUGACUCGAACAAAUCCUCCGUGACCAUUGUGCUCAUCGACGAGGUCGACAUCCUCUUCGACGACGCGGAAGGGAAGGGGGAUGCCGGCUUUUGGUCCGCCCUCGGCACACUGGCCAAGGCCACGAAAUGUCCAAUACUGUUGACGGCCAACUCCUGUCCACCGCAGCUGGAUCGCCACUUAAGCGGAAGUCUCCCGUGUCGGCGCUUGUUCCUUGAGAAACCUUCCCCGAUGGAAUGUGCCUCGAAGAUUCUGCAGGUCUGCCACCAGCCAGGCAACGCUCUCUCGAUUCGGUCCGAGUUGAGGGCGAAGGGGCCCGAUGCUAUUCACGGACAACUGGCAAAAAUUGCCACCAGCUGUGGCUGCGAUUUGAGAAAACUGAUGCACGAACUGCAGGUUUUUGCAGCAUCAGGUGCAGAUACGAGUUCUGAUCGUUCAUCCAUCAUGGUGGGGGAUAACACCAUUGGCGAUCGGCAGCUUGAAGAAUCAACGUCCGUAUGCCGUAAAAAAUUGCCAGUUCCAGACUGGCAACCGGUUUUGCAUUCCAUCACACCUUCCAAGAUUGCCAUGAACCAACAUUCCGUCCUGAUGCUGAGGGGAAAACAUUUCGGGUCGCUUCGACCAGAAGCUUUUUCGGUGGAAGCUCGAGUUCGAAUCGGACCCCACGGGAACUGCUUAACGCACAUUGUAGAUGACGAAACAAUGCUUGUCUUGUGUCCUCCCUACAAUGUUGUUGAUGAAGAAAAGGAUUGCUCCACGUUUUGUAGGAGGUUGCUAAAACGGGUUCUUUCGGUCUCUAUUUCCGCAAAUAUCGGCCCGGCCAACGGGCUUUCGAAUCGCAUCGUGGCAUCCGAGGAGCUGGUCGACGGAACUCGAGUUUACGGGACGAAUCCAUUGAUGGUGGAAUAUGAAUUUACCGAAGACCUCCCCCCUCCCAACUCAAACGAGAACGAUGCGGACGAACUGGCGUCAGAUGUCAAACCUGAAGAUUCGGAAGAGGUUGUAUUCAAUAUUCCUGACGGAAACAAGCCCGCGCUGAAAGUGAGAGAGAAGUUAACUGUUGAAACCGAAGAUGUAGGAUUGAUGCAGUGGAAGAACGCAAUUUCAGAGGCAGAAUCGUCGAGGACUUCAGCUACCACGAAGGUGGUACAAAAAAAAACGAGCAAGGAGGAUCUCGAAAUGGUCGCUCGAUUGGACGUGUUAUCACAGAGCGCUCACAAUGCGAGCGAUGCGUCCUUUCUAGAAGAUUUUGGUGAGGGACUACCCUACUUAUCGGGGGCGUGCCGCGGAUUUGCCUUUGACUAUACCGAAGAUUGCGCCCUUGGAUCCAGCGGGAGAGCAGGUGGAGUAGAUAUGCUUCGAAUGCACGAGAAGAGCCGACCGUAAGUGAAGUGCUGAACACAUUGCUUGUUUUGUUACGAGGAUGAUUCGUAGUGUUCCUGGUUUCGUCGUAAUUCUCUACGUUUAACUGAUUUGAUUUAUUGUUUUUGACUGCUUGUUCUCAUCUCAUGAAUAUCGUACUUUUUCACAAUGGUUUUSUUUCUAUGACACAGCCCCCGAGAAGAAAAGCUAUUUGAGCUGGGCUGGAACGACAAUUGUUACUUUCACGGGGACUCAGAAACCUACAUGACGUUGCCACACAUAUCCCAGCGACGAUGCAAGGAAAAAGGGCACACAAACCCAUACUAUUGCAUGAACCAGUUUCGAGGAGAUGAGGACGCGGCCGGGCAGCUGGCUUGCUCGGGAAUGAGCAAUGCUGCUACUUCCAAUGCUAUUUCGACAGAGGAGUUAGAAAAUAAUUUUUCCGUGGAAGAUCUGGAUCGCUUUGCCCACCACCAACAGCAGCAAGAGUCGUCGCCGUCGUGUUCGGGUGGUGCUUCCUUCGCAGAAGACAUGUAUCUUCCUCGCGGUGUAUCACCGGCGAUUCUAGAUUUGCCCGAAAUCCUUCGCAAGGCGUCUAGCACUUCCACGAAUUCGCUUCCAUCACAGUCCUUUUGGAGCAUUGCCCGCGACAACCAGUGGCUGCAAUCCUUGGAAACCAAUCGAGCGGAGUGUAGUCAGCGCCUCUUGUCGCACGCAAUCGAGUAUUUUCUACCCUGGGGCAAUGAUCUUGCGAAAUGGUCCUACGGACGGUUCGGGUUCGCGAACAAUAAGUGGGAUCGCACCCACAUGAUCCUUGAAUGCUUACCAAUCCUGCGGAGGAUCGGAAUGCUGGAAACGGCCAACGAAUAUGCCUUUUUGAAGGCCCGAGAGGAGUCCGAUGCCACCAAGCGAACGUCGUCGCGUCGACGAACAACACGGACCCAGUGCAGGGCUCGCCGGCACCAUUACUUCGACAAGAUCUCGGCUACGCUUCGGAGGGACGAAGCGGACCGAAACUCGAGCGAGGUUGGGGCUCUGUUGGUCGGGGACAGUCUUGUGUAUUCUACCACAACAUGAGUAAUCGAUGCGAUGUGUGGUGCGGUCGAACCAAGUCGUUAGCAAACCAAAGAUGAAGCUUCCUUUUUGAAAGAUGCUGGGGAUCUAAUCUUACAGCUUAAAA